GAGACACUUUGUUUUUGUUUAAUUCGGAUCAGGAUAACCGCCUAUAAAUUUCAUUCUACAAGAAAACUAAUUUGGAGAUGAUGAGAUGGCACGCAGGCGGGAAAAAUCGGAAAUUAAUCCAAUCGUUAAAUACUUAUUGUUCUCUCUAAAUUUCGUUUUCUGGAUUCUUGGUCUCGCCUUUACAAUUCUUGGAACGUACAUUCUUAUUCUGAAACAUAAAGUUGUGAAAGAUACGUUUGAUUUCUUCUUGGAUCCGUCCACUAUUAUGUGUACUGCGGGAGCAGUCAUUGUAUUUGUAGCAUUCUUUGGUUGUAUGGGUGCUUUGAGAGAGAAUACAUGUUUUUUACAGUUUUUUAACUAUUUGGUAACAUUCAUGUUCGUUGGAGAAAUUGUCUUUGUGAUAUUUGUGUUUGUAUUUUAUUUUGUACCGGAUGCUCGAGAACAACUUGGUUUAUUUCCUGAAAAGUCUAUGCAUGAGGCAAUUAUAAAAUAUGGUGUAGUAGACGAUGAUGAUAUGGUCAACUUCAUAGAUAAUAUACAGCAAACGUUGAAAUGUUGUGGACUUGGAGACAAGGAAGACGGAUUCCUUGACUGGAACGACAACAUGUAUUACAAUUGUACCACUACCAGUAAAUCUCCAGAAAGAUGUUCCGUUCCAGCAUCGUGUUGUAAGAUCAAAGCGGGUGAUAUUAGGAAUAUAUUGUGUGGAAAAAAUGUCAUGGAUCCAAAGCCAGAUGGUUCUGUUUCCCCUGGAGCAAAUGUGGAUAAGAUUUACACAGUUGGUUGUCUGAAGGCUCUUGGCAACUGGAUUAAUUCUAAUGCUUUAGUAGCAGGUGGUGUUUUGUUAGGAAUUCUGGUACCUCAGAUGUUCAUCAUGUGUGUUUCGCGAACAUUGCGGUACCAAAUAAAGGCACAGAAGGCAAAAUGGGAUCGUCCAGAAAACAGACCUAAUAAAUUUCAGGGUGAUGGACCAUACUAUAUAAAUGUUCCAAAAGACAGAAAUCAAAGAGCGGGAAGAUAUCAUGGAGUGAACAAUCCAACUUUUGAACAUCAUGCUUAAGUUUUUUGCAAUAUUUGAUCUUUUUUCUUCUUUUAUCCCUAAAAAGAUAUAAUCCUAUCUCAAACAAAUAAGGUUUGUACAUGUAUAUGGAUUAGAUAUACUUGUAAUACAACAGUGUUCCCCUUCUACAUCUCCUUCCCUUUACCCGGUAAACGUAAGUUAUAGGUUAACAGGAAUUAUCCUGACUUCUGUCCAUUAACAAUCUUUUCAAAUCUAGUUAGAUGGAUUUACCGUAUUUUUUAAUGAAAAUUUACAAAGAUGGUAGUAAACAAGGUGCUUAUAGACGGCCGUAUGGUGACAUAUAGUUGCUAACUUCUACGUCAUUUGAUCUAGGGUAAAAAAGUUGUCUCAAUAGCAAUCAUACCACAUCGCCUUAUCUUAUAUGCGCAAAGGCAUGAGUUGGCGAUAUAAAAAGAUUUUAGAUGCAAAAAAGGGAUGUUGUAUGAUUGCCAAUUAGACAACUUUCCACCGAAGACCAAAUGGCAAGGGUGUGAACAACUACAGGUACCCGUACGACCUUCAAAGAUGAGCAAAAGUGUUUACUCUUCUUUGUCUACAUGUUGUUUCAACAAAGGUGAUCAUGAUGCCCUGUGGUUUUGUGUUUAAUUAUACUAAGCUGCACUUAAAGAAUGACUGUAAGAAGAAUUUGUCAGUCUUAUAUGCAAUUUCAAAAUUUGAGCGAACUAGAGUCAGUUUUAUAUAUUUAAGAUCUUUGCAUGCAUUCUAUCAAGUCAAGCACUGCACUGUUAGAUGCAUAAUUGAGGUUUACUGUCUUUGUUUCUAGUUUUUUGUUACUGGAAACAGUAACUCGGUUAUUUAUGUGUUACUUAUAUUAAUUUAUGUGUUUAUAGAUUCUGAAAAAAUAUUGUGUCAAUAAAAUUGUAUUUGCA